UGUGCACCGUCUCCAUAGGUCUCCACGUUUCGUGUGCUUCAUUACUUAUAUAAAUAUAUUAUAUAGACGUAGAGGUUUUGCGUUUUGCGUCUUCCGCCGUUUUUCAGAGUUUACGGAAUAGAAAGAGAUGUUCUGGUCUUUUUGUUUCUUGUAUCGUUGUAUGUACAUUCAUUUGUGUGCGUUUGUGUGUGUGUGUAUAGCCAUAUGGAUGUGAUGCCUCUUGUGGUCGGUAACAAACUUGUCAAGCUACUCAGGCUUCAAAUAAGUAAAAAAACAUAUUAAAAGAGAGUAGAUACUUAAGUAGUUGUAAGCAAGAUGGCAGCGACAAACUCAGGCAAAGUACCAGAAAAAAAAGAGGAGGCAUUUAAUGAGUUUUAUACGGAAGUUAAAGCAAUUGAAAAGAGAGACUCGGUCUUAACUUCUAAGCAACAAAUCGAUAGGCUAUUGAGACCAGGCUCAACAUACUUUAAUUUGAAUCCAUUUGCUGUGUUGCAAAUUGAUCCAACAACAGACUUGGAUGAAAUAAAAAAAAAAUAUAGACGUAUGUCAAUAUUAGUUCAUCCAGACAAAAAUCAAGAUGAUGCCGAAAGAUCUCAACUGGCUUUUGAAAUUGUUAAUAAGGCAUGGAAAACCCUUGAAUCUGAAGAAACGAGGGCUAAGUGCAUGGAUGUUGUUGAAGAGGCAAAAGCAAGAACAGAUCACAUGAUUGCAGAAAAGAAAAAAAAAUUUAAAAAAGACGGAAAAUUAGCCAACGAUGCAAUUCUUGAGGAAGAAACAGAUGAAGGCUACAAACAUGCCAUUUAUGUUAUGACGUCCAAGUUAUUUGCUGAUAUGGAAAGACGAAGGAGAGAUCUUGCUCUAAGGGAUGUAGAGCAAAGAAAAAGAAAACGAGAGGAAGAACUAUCAGCAGAAGCACAGGCUGCCGUGGAACGUGAGUGGCAAAAGAAUUUUGAAGAAUCCAGACAGUCCAGAGUUGAUAGUUGGAAGGCAUUUCAGUCAGGCUCUGGAGGUGCAAAGAAAAAAAAAGAAAAAAAAAUUAAAACAUUUAAGCCACCAAAACCAAAAGCUGAGUCGCGACAGUGAGAUAGAUGGUGAUAAAAAUAGGUUCGAUCAUCAUACCUUUAAAAAAUUCAUUUGAAAUUCUCAACAAUAUUAUUUUCAAUUUGAUCAUCCCUGUAAUGUACAAAUGCAAAUUGUUGUAUAGAUGAUAUGAUGAUCCAAAUUUUUUUAUAAUUAUUUCAAAUAAGAAUUUAAUGGUUUACUCUGAAAAAUCAUAAUUGUAGAUUAUGUAUUUGAAAGUCUGACAUAAAAUUAAGAAUCCGGCACGUAAGUUUAUCAUUUUCUUGAUAAAUUUUUAUCUGAUGAGAAACUAACAUUCAUUUCUCUAUGCAGUCAACAUCACUGAAACUUAUAGUGGUUUUAUUUGGAUUCAGUUGAAUAGAAAGUUAUAGAUUUUCUUGAAAAGUAGACUAUCAAAAUACUUAUACCGAAUCUACAUUAAUUUUGAAGUUUUUUUAACUUUGAACAGUGAAAGUGUGAACUAAAUUUAAUAAUUAAGGGUUUUAUGUGCAUCUGUGAAUAUUGAAGUGACGAUUACAAUUGGACUAAUUGAUUUUGUGCAACCGUCUGUUCAUUAUUUCGUACUAACACUUAUAUAUAAAAUUGCCAGAGAUAAUUUGUAAUCUUUUUGUAAAAAAUGUGUUGUAUAGUAUUAUAAUUUUCAAGUUUUCUUCUAACACCAUAGAACUUUAUUGACAAAUAAUAAUAAAAGAAUUAUUAAGAAACCAAACUAUCAUUUUUCAAUCAGUCAAAGUAUAAGUCCACAAAAUUUUAAUUAUACUUGUGGAGUAAAAUUUUAUGCACACUUAAUGGAAAUUACCACAAAGGAAUCCUGAUGUGUAAUGGUUAAAAAAAAAAAAAAAAAAAA